AUCACUAAAGAAGAAUAUAAACAAAUAGGACAACGCAUUUUUUAGCCGGCGCUUAAGAAGUUAAUUUACAGCCAGCUUAGGUCAUGAAUAGUGUUUCCUCGGCCCGCGAGUGCCUCUCCCACGCGAUGAACAACCGCUUUCUGCCCAAUUUGGAAUACCUACUGCAAGGAUCCAUUCUGGACUCCGCUGUGGAGCACUUAAUGCACAGACUUAAGGGUCUCUGUGACAACGUGGACACUUCACCGGAGCCUUUCCACGACUUGGAGGUGUGUAUGAGCCUUAGGCAGCCCAACGCCAAUGCCAAUCAGCCGCUACUGCUUCGCGUGCGCCGCGCCCUUGGACGCGAUGCUCCCUUCCAGAUGCGUUACCUGGGCAAUCCAGAGGUGGACCAACGCAGACCUACGCUGGUGCGCAGCUGCAUGGACUGCGCUUGUACAAACGGAAUUCUUGAGUUCCUCACGGAGAUGGGCUUCCGACUUGAGUUCGAGUACAUAGCUAAGGGAUACAUGUUCCGAAAGGGUCGCAUGAAGAUCACCGUCUCUAAGCUCAUUAAAAUCGUGCCUGGUAAGCAGCAGGAUAUGGCCAACGAGCCGAUUUCGCAAAGCUACAUCGUGGAGCUAUCCGUGGUGGCGCCCACGGGGCAGGAGAACGUCGGUGAGGAGAUGCGAGUAUUCGCCGAACAACUGAAGCCUCUGGUGCAGCUCGAGAAGAUCGACUACAAGCGGCUAGGCGGCAUGCCGUAGUGCAAAAAAAUGUACUUGUUUCUUAACUUAUUUAAUUGCUUAGACUAUAAGAUAGGAAAAUAAACAGACAAAAGCAAUCGGUAAGGAA